UUGAAGACUAAAUAAGAGAGAAAAAGUGCCAAAGCGCCCAUCCAUGGAAAUGCAAGAUGAUCCUAACUCACCUCCUUCAUACUCUUAUAUGGACUUUGAACCUUAUUGUGCUUGGCAUAGAGAAGAAGGAGUCGACAUUCUUGCAGUCCAUCUUCAUGGUUUCAAGAGGGAACAAAUGAGGGUUCAAGUAAACAGCCAGAGAAUACUAACAAUUCAUGGGCAGCGUCCUUUGGAUGAAACCAAAUGGAGCCGCUUCAGCAAGCAAAACAAGCUUCCUAAUGAGUGCAUGGAGGACGGAAUCCGAGCAAAAUUUGCUGCGGGCAUUCUCACCAUAACCAUGCCUAAGAGAUGUUCAUCAUCGACAGCCCGUCCUCAUCAGCAUCAUCAAGAGACUAGUACCAGGGAUCAGCCAAAAGCACAAGUACAUGAGGAGGAUGCUAAUAUGAUCAAAAGGAAUGAUAAUAUUAAUGAUAAAAUGAAAUCCAUUUCGGGAAUGUUGGGAAUUGCUGGAAAGUUUGCUUCUCUUGUGCUUCUUCUUGCAGUUUCUGGAGCUUAUGUAAAUUGUAUUUCUAAACUGCGAUCAUGUGCAGCUCAAAACUAGCAAUCUAAUUAAAGCUUAUCAUGUUGUAAUAA